AUGACGAUGUUGGGAUCGGAAUCGUAUGCCAAGACGAUCCCCUUGAACUCGACUCCGGUGGCUAGCUGGACCUCGUAUGCCUUCCCCACCGCGAAUAUCUCUCCCGUUUCGUCGCCCUCUGCCACCGUUACACCUGUUGGACUCAUCGCCGGUGAUUUAACUUCCCUCUCGCUCCCGCCGGUGGUUUAUAAAUCGCGGUUUGUUAAACUGACGGUUGAAGAAUAUCUUCCAACUUCAGCGUCAAAGUAA